AUCACCUGAGAUGAUACGCCCCCAGACCAAAUGGGAUGAUUUUCAUGACUGAGAUCAUCUGUAGAGCUAGCUAGAGACCAGCGCAGCUACGUACCAGUGAGUGAUCGUGACUCGACUGAGGAUGCAGUAUAAUUAUAAGUCACUCUGAAAGUUAGAUCUAAAUCCAGAGAUGUCAUUAUUAAUGGAAGCUUGCAAGACGGGUGAUGUGGGUGUGGUUCAGUUGGCAUUAGAAGGAGGGGCAGAUCCAAACCAGGCAGAUGAGGACAACCGGACUGCUCUCCGCGUAGCCAGUAGCAAUGGACAUGAUGAGGUGGUGAGAGUCCUCUUAGCAGCCAAGGCUACAGUCAACACUCAGAGCAAGUCGGGUCGGUCCCCUCUCUGGGUAGCCAGUUGCAAUGGUCACCUAAAGUGUGUGGAACUUCUAAUCAAUGCUGGAGCCAAUGUUGAUAUGCAAGAAGAGGACAACUGGACUGCUCUCCACAUAGCCUGUCAGAAUGGACAUGAUGAGGUGGUGAGAGUCCUCUUAGCAGCCAAGGCUACAGUCAACACUCAGAGCAAGUCGGGUCAGUUCCCUCUCUUGUCAGCCAGUUUCAAUGGUCACCUGAAGUGUGUGGAACUUCUAAUCAAUGCUGGAGCCAAUGUUGAUAUGCAAGCAGAGGACAACCGGACUGCUCUCCACGUAGCCUGUCAGAAUGGACAUGAUGAGGUGGUGAGAGUCCUCCUAGCAGCCAAGGCUCCAGUCAACACUCAGAGCAAGGACAACGUGACAGCUCUCCACGUAGCCAGUGGCAAUGGACAUGAUGAGGUGGUGAGGGUCCUCUUAGCAGCCAAGGCUACAGUCAACACUCAGAGCAAGUCGGGUCAGUCCCCUCUCUGGUUAGCCAGUUUCAAUGGUCACCUGAAGUGUGUGGAACUUCUAAUCAAUGGUGGAGCCAAUGUUGAUAUACAAGAUGAGAACAACUGGACUGCUCUCCACAUAGCCUGUCAGAAUGGACAUGAUGAGGUGGUGAGGGUCCUCUUAGCAGGCAAGGCUACUGUCAACACUCAAAACAAGUUGGGUCAGUCCCCUCUCUGGGUAGCCAGUUACAAUGGUCACCUGAAGUGUGUGGAACUUCUAAUCAAUGCUGGAGCCAAUAUUGAUAUUCAAGAUAAGGAUGGAUGGACAAUGCUGCAUAUAGCCAGUCAGAAUGGUCACUCUGAAGUGGUAGAGUGCUUAGUGGAGAGAGCCCACUGUGACACCAGCACCAAUGCAAGGAACAAGACUGGCCUGACUCCCCUCCACUCUGCAUGCCAUAAUGGUCACAAAGAAGUGGUGGAGUACUUGGUAGAGAGAGCCCACUAUGACACCAGUGUAACUGAUGCUAGAGGCAAGACUCCACUUGACUACGCAAUACAACAGGGUCACACUGAAACCAUCGAAUAUCUUCUGAAUCAGUCUCUUAGGGCACCAUCUGCUACUCCAAGUCAGAGCACUGACUACCAGUACCCUCUAGUCGACCAGCAGCCUCAGGAGUUGUUGGACAAGCUACAAACACCCGCUAAUAUUCAAGUGUCAGAAUGCACACCUCUAACACGAGAUGAGAUUGAUGCUCUACAGAAGCUUAUCGAGGGAACAGAAGUAAACAUUGAUGACAUCAUUGCUACUGGUCAAGGCAUUACUCUGCAAGACGCUCAACAAUUACUUGCUCAGAAAGGAUACAUUGAGGACACAAGUAAUCUCAAGACAAGGCUCAAAGAAAUUGCCGAAGAACAGCAGCGAUAUCUCAAGAUACUCAAGGAUCUAAUGACAGCUGCAGACACCAUCGACCUUCGCUACUUGAAACUUUUUCUUGUUGGCCCACCAUUUGUAGGAAAGACAACUACUUUAAACCGUCUGCUAAAAAUAUUUGAGAAUAUUCAUUCAGCAGGAAACAAAUCGAACAUUCAAAGUACAUUACUCGCUAACUGUAUUCAAGCAUUUGCUUUUGUUGGUGACGACACAGCAGAAUGGCUAUCUUCCGAUACCAUUGACGGUGAAGCAAAAAUGUUGUUCAACUAUUUUUAUGGAAACCAACUCGCAUCUGAGGAACCGCUGGACACACCCCUCAGUGAGCAACUAAGUGAAGAAAACCCCAAACCUGCCAGAACAAUUCAACCUCAUGAUCACACGCAAAUAUCCAUAGAGAACAGUAUUUCACGAGUUGAUGAAGUUGAGACUUUGGAUGACGAAACAAAGGCUUGCAGAAUUAUUGAUGUUGUCAGCCGAUUCCAAAAUUUGAUCAAAAGUGGAGAAUAUUCUAACCUUUUCAAUGCUUUGGGGACAUUUUUGAAUAUUAAUGAUAUUGGUGGUCAGCCAGGUUUUUUAGAAAUGCUCCCAGCCUUGAGCACUGGUCCAGCCAUGUAUCUCAUCUUCUUAGACUUGAGCAAAGAGCUAAACAAGCCGUACAAAAUCCCUUUCAGUCGCGAUGACACAACCAUCACUCCUUAUGACGCUAUACACACAGUCAAAGACACAGUGUCUCAAAUCCUUUCUUCCAUCAGUAGCAUACGUAGUAACCCUCAAGUGACCUCAUCAUUGAAGACCGAUAAAGUUGUUGGGCUUAACGAGAAGCUUGAAUCAUUCGUACAAGUUAGUCCAUUGGCUGCGUUGAUAGGCACUCACAAAGAUAAGCUAGAAAAUCCAAAAGAGGAGAUCGAGGAAAAAAGCCAAGAUUUAAAGGACAUUGUACGCAAGUUUUCUAAAAUAAUAAUUCGUCCUGGAACUACUACAUGUAGUUCACUGUUUACCGUGGACAACUACACUGGAACUGAGCUCUCGGACAUAGCCCCUCUUCGUAAAUUGUUAAGUGAAAUCUUUCAAACACAUUUUAAGAACACUUCGUUACCGAUUAGACCAAAAUGGCUUUUAUUUGGACUCAUUCUCCGAAGGGAAUACAAGAUUGCCACUAUUGAAGAUUGUCUAGAGUUAGGGAAGAAGCUUGAAAUGGAUGAAACUGAAACGAAAUUUUGUCUGUGGUAUCUUCACGACUGCAUUGGAACUGUCAUGCAUUACACAAGCGUUUCAAAUGAUAAGGAAAAGUGGCUCAAGAAUCGUGUGAUCUGCUCUCCUCAAGUAAUCUUCGAUAGCAUCAGUCAGCUGGUUGUUCCUUCUUUGCGUGUACUUCAUUCUGAAGGUCAUGUCAUUGAGUAUGAGCGAGAAGAGUUUAUUAAAAAGGGGCAAUAUUCAGCUGAAGCCAUCGAAAUGUAUUGCAAAACUGCACAAGUUAGCAAAAAGUUGGAAAACAACGAACUUAUCCCAGCCAAGGUUCUUAUUUCACUUCUUCAACAUCUUAACCUUCUCUCUGAAAUUGUUCACAAAGAUGUAAAUGAUCCAAGCAAAUCUCGAAUCACCUAUUUAAUGCCGGCUAUUUUGGAGUGUGCUUCUAAAGACGAGCUGACCAACCCACCUCCACAAGAUGCCAACAACCCAGAGCCAUUGCUCAUCACAUUCAGCUGUGGUUACGUUCCAACAGGAGCUUUUUGUGGUCUGAUCACUCGACUAGUUUCUCGAGGCCCUCAUGGAAUCCUUGGUUUGACGUGGGAGUUAGUAGAAGAUGGUGUCAAGCGAAAUUGUGUAUCUUUUCGAGUCGCCAAAUCAAAUAGGCUAACUCUACUAGCACACGAUCAAUGCUACGAAAUUCGAGUUGUUCGCCAUCCUGGUCGCAUGUCUCUCCAUGACCUUUGUACCUAUGUUCUCUCAGUGAUGCUCUACACGCUCAAAAGCCUUUACCCACAUUUGGUUCCUCAAAUUGCCUUCCAAUGUCCUUGCCCUGGUCACAAGUCAAGCCGAGAUAAAUUGUGUGUUCUCACGAAAGAGAUAUGGGUACAAUUUCUUUGUGAUAGUAAGCCGAUUACUCCAACGAAAUACCAACAAGUUUGGUUGGGUAAGAUCGCUUCUAUUGGUCAGAGUGCUAGCUUGGGAGUUCUCCGGUUCAUGAAGGGAAAAUCUCUGGAGAGAUUCUCUUUCAAUUGGAGCAAAGUGGGAAUUGACGACACACAGCCUCCAACAACUCAUCACUGCAAGCCCAACAAUCUGACUUUUCAGAGUGUGAGUGAGGAGGAUCUGGACUACUACCAGUGUGAGGUGAAGGAGGCUGGGAAAGUGGUCCUCACUGUCUACAGAGCUCUUUACAAAGGAGAAAACUCUGGAGCAGCUGGUCAGAAGAGACCUUCUUCGUCUGAGGAGCCGUCCAGUGCAAAACGUGUAUGUUCAUCAUAUCCACAAGGAUCAUCUGCUCAACCAACAACUCUUCAAAGGCUGAUGGACAAACAUAAGCUCACGACUGCCCAAGUCAACAGUGAAAUCCAACAGAAAGACAUACCAUUAUUGGCGGGCUAUUUUGACAAUGUAGGUUUUUAUAUUUAUCUAAUGGAGUUAUCCCCGGGCGAACAAAGUGAUGUUCAAUUGAAAAAAAAUGAAAGUAACCACCUAGCUAUGAUUGAGUGUUUGACCAUCUGGAAAAGAAGGAAGCCCUCACAAGCGACAUUCAGGGCCCUUCUGGAGAUGUUGGUGAAGCUAAAGAAAGAGGAGAUUGCUGCUAAAGUCUGUCAGUGCAUAACGGAGCUGUGAGGAGGUGCGUGUAAUACAGCACUAAAUGAACUGUACAGAUGUCAGAACAGAACCAUCAGAUCAGCUUUAUCACUAAUGUGUGCAUGGUUAUUGUCGUGUACGUUAAUUGUUUGUACAUUGUGUGUGUAGACAAAAUUAAGAAAAUAGUUUGAUAUCCCAUAAUUAUGCUACAAAUCCUAUAAUUAUUGUUUUU